AUGAAACUGUUUGGCCAGUGGGGGUGGGCUCCUAUUGUCUCCAUGGGUCCAUGGGAAAUGGAUGAUCAAAAAUAGGGCUCGGUCUUGGUACAUUGUUGCCUUGAAGUGGCACUUCUCCUACCCUUAAUUUCCUCCUCACCACCUUUUUUUUUUUUUUCUUUUUUUUCUUAUUUUUUUCUCCUUCUCUUUUAUAUACACUUCCAUUGGGCAUCCUUCUCCUUGUGCUCUGCCAUCUCUCCCCUCCCCUACACUUGGUUCAGCAAUAAAAAGAGAACAAAAGAGAAUCCGAGAAGCUUCUGUAGCCAUCAAGAUCAUGUCAGGCAGAGGUAGGAGGAUAACAGAUGAGGAGAUCAAUGAGCUAGUCUCUAAGCUUCAGUCACUGCUCCCCGAGUCCCGCCGCAGGAACAUAGGCAGAGCAUCUGCAUCGAAGCUACUGAAGGAGACAUGCAGCUACAUCAAGAGCUUGCACCGAGAGGUGGACGGUCUGAGCGACCGGCUUUCCGGCCUAAUGGCGACGAUGGACAGCGACAGCCCUCAGGCCGAUAUCAUUCGGAGCCUCCUCAGGUCCUAGGGAGAGUCAAUACUGUCAUUUUCAUCCUUGUUUAAUUUAGUAUCACCCCCAAGAGAUCUGAGGGUCAUACAUGGUGUCCACAGUUUCUGAUGUGUGUUUGUUUAUCUAGUUCACCGGUACAUGCGUUUGAUGUUGUUGCAGCUGCUCUACCCACCCUCGUAUGAUUUGUGCAUUUCUGUGGCUUGAGUGGUUUCUUACAUUUCAUGAUCACACCAGACGGGAGAAAAUAUCAU